AUGACGACCUCUUGCUCGAGCUGGCUGCUUGCCCUGGCCUCGCUCGCCACUGUCUCCGCCCUGCAGCCGAUCCUUCGGCUGCCGCACGCCCCUGCCGCGACGCGCGCGCGUCCCGCUUUGCUCCGCGACGAGGCCGACGACGUCAGCGUCGUCGUCAAGCCGCCCGAGCCCGAGACCAAAAUUGCAAUCCGCGUCAAGAAGCCGGGCGAAGGAGCGGCGCCGGCGGCGCCGGAAAUCGUUGCCGACGAUGCGACCGUGUCCAUCAAGGUGAACGCGGUGAAGAAGCCUGCUGCGCCUGCGCCGGAGCCCGCCGGCCCGCCGAUACCGAAGCGCUCGCCCGAGGAGGAGGCGCUCUUCGAGGCGACGCAGAACGCCAACUGCACGCAGCUGCUGGACGCGCUCCUCGCCGGAGCGAACCCGAACCUCCGCGACCCCAACGGGCGGACCGGCCUCCACUUCAUGUGCGGCAUCGGCCUCGCCCCCGCUUGCGUGCUGCUCAUCCACUUUGGGGCCGACGUCGACGCGAGGGACAACGCGGGCCUCGCGCCGGUGCACAUGGCGGCGGGCUACGCCAACGCGCAGUGCUUGCGCGUCCUCAUCGCGGCCGGAGCAGACCACACAGCGGUCGGGGACCAGGGCGCCUCGUGCGCACGCCUCUCGACGUGGUGGAGCGGCUCGGUGCGAGCUCGAGACAGCGAGUACCAGCUCGACCAGUUCCUGGAGCGGAGCGGCGUGGAGAAGUUCACAAAGAAGAAGGACGAGAAGCUCGAGAAGCUCAAGGUGCGGGAGGAGGAGGCGUGGGACGACCUCAUCGCAGACGUGCUCAAGCUGUGCGCGGUCUAG